AUGAGCGCCAACAGUUGCGAUAACAUGACAUAUUUCUCUAACGCAUACGUCCCAGACAUGAGGAACGGCGGCCAUGACCACCAGCAGGCGCACGCGCACUACGGUGCGGUGCCGCAGCAGGGACACGAGAUGGACGGCUGUGAUCAACAGCUCAGGCCAGCCCAGCAUCACUACUCCGCGCAGACGGCGCCCGGGAUGCCCUACCCGAGGUUCCCACCAUACGACAGAUUGGGUUACUAUCAACAAAUGGAACAGAAUGGAUAUCGGCCUGAUAGUCCGUCACAGAUGGGUCAUAUGGGGCCGAAAUCGGAUGGAUACGGCCCUAAUGGACACCAACCACCGGCUCCAGCGGUGUACCCUUCGUCGUGCAAAGUACAAGCGGCGGCCGCGAUGGCGGGCGGUGUCCCUGGCAGCCCCCCGCUGGAGCAGGCGCAGCAGAUGCCUCACCACAUGCACCCCCAGCAGCACAUGGCCCAGCACGGGAUGCCGCACCAGCAGCACCUCAUGUACCCCGUGGACGACAUGCAGCACCAGACGCAGAUGCCUCCCAUGCAUCAGCAGUCGAUGCAUGCACAGCAGCCGCCUCCACAACAACCACCGCCAAACACCAACGCAUCGUUACCAAGUCCGCUCUACCCUUGGAUGAGAAGUCAAUUUGAGCGGAAGCGCGGUCGGCAGACGUACACCCGGUACCAGACCCUGGAAUUGGAGAAGGAGUUCCAUUUUAAUCGCUAUUUGACGAGGAGGAGACGCAUAGAGAUAGCUCACGCGCUGUGUCUGACUGAGAGGCAGAUCAAGAUAUGGUUCCAGAAUCGACGUAUGAAAUGGAAGAAGGAGAACAAAACCAAAGGCGAACCAGGUUCAGGAGACGAACCUGAUAAUAUGAGUCCACCAACAUCGCCACAAUAG